AUACCGGAAGUACAGGAAACAUUAAAUAAUACAGCCACAUCACCCUUGACGAGUACACUCGUCUUUUACACACCUUUUCUGACGGUACUGAGGUUACCAGCUGCAGUGCAAACAUGUCUACUGAAAAGAGUUUCGCCAAAGGAAGUGCUGCACCUGGUCCAGUCCCGGAUGGCAAAAUCAGACUUUACAGCAUGAGAUUCUGCCCUUUCGCCCAAAGGACCAGAUUAGUGCUGGCUGCCAAAGGGAUCAAGCAUGAAACCAUGAACAUCAACCUGAAGGACAAACCUGAGUGGUUUCUUAAGAAGAAUCCUCUCGGGCUAGUCCCAACCCUGGAGAACCCUGCUGGGGAGGUGGUAUAUGAUUCUCCCAUCACCUGCGAGUACCUGGAGGAAGUUUACCCUGAGAAGAAGCUGCUUCCUCCCUCUCCUUUUGGUAAAGCCCAACAGAAGAUGAUGCUGGAGCAUUUUUCCAAGGUAGUACCUUACUUCUACAAGAUCCCAAUGGGGAGAAAGAAGGGCGAGGAUGUCUCUGCACUGGAAGGAGAACUGAAAGAGAAGUUUGCCAAAUUAAAUGAGGACCUAGUUAACAAGAAGACCGGGUUCUUUUGUGGUGACUCCAUCACAAUGAUCGACUACAUGAUGUGGCCGUGGUUUGAGAGGCUGGAGCUUAUGGAACUCAAACACUGCCUUGGUGGCACACCUGAGUUGAAGAAGUGGACAGAGCGCAUGUCAGAGGACACGGCGGUCAAAGCCUGCAUGCACAGUGCAGAAACCUACAAGGCCUUCUACAAGACUUACCAGGAGGGGAAGCCGGACUACGACUACGGCCUGUAGAACAGAAGUGAUCAAAUCUAAAACCGUCCCUUUUUGUAUUCAUAUCCAGGUUUGGGAUCAUGUCUGUGUUUACAACUUUGUCAUAGGAAAAUAUUUUGCAGGAGAUAUCAUGAUGAGUUAACAUUAAAUGGAUACAGGAAUUGUGUUUAUUGGAAAUAAGUCUUGAUUUGUUAUAAAAUAAAUAUUAAACAUAAACCUUAAUGAGGUACGGAAAGGAAAAUAUGACUCAAUGUUUUUUCAAUAAUGUGGCACUUUUUUUUGUAAUAAAAAAUGUAGAUGAUAUGACCAGUCUGUGUGAUACACUAAUAAACAAAAACGAAAUCA